AACCAAACGCCAAGUCCUUUGCAAUCGGUCUGAUUUGUCGAAGCGCAACAUUUUUUCUUUCUCAUUCUUAACUUCUCUCAGAAGACUUCGAAUUGCACAAUACAUCUCUCCACAAGCUAUGAUCUCCAAGGGAUCAGUCGCCAUGAUGCUCAAAUCCAGUUUAUUUCUUUGUCCUUGGUCGAUUUUUAGGGUUUUCUUUUUAGAUUUUCUUUUAUUUUUGGUUGCUUUGGCUGGAGGAUCGGCGAUUGGAUAUCCAGAUUUUCGCUUUUAUCUGGUUAUGGAGUUUGGUCGUUUUGUUCUUUGAUUGCGGCAAUUGAUGGAUUUUCAUAUAAUGGAAUCGAGUGAUAUGUGGAUUUUAUUGUCUUCAUAUGCUUUCUCUGACCGGUUAGGGUUUAGUAUUGAUCGUGUUCUUGGUGUUAGAGAAAACUGAUUGGGCCGAGGAUGUGGAUAUUGAUUUGUUAGAUCAUCUAUAUGGUAUGGUCUGUUCAUUCUACUAUUUUGUUUUGUCUUUCUAGCAUGGAUGAGAAGAUUCCGACCAUUCAUCCACGACUUGGAGGAGGACCUGCGCCCAGCAAAGUUGUUUGUUCUCACUGCAAGAUGGGGAAUUGCAAUCGAAACCCCUGUAGGUUCAUGCGCCGAGAAUCUUCACCUCCUAAUAUUUACCUAAGAACAUCUGAGCAACCCAAUGAGGAGCUCUAGCCAUGGCCUCAAAAAUUCAUUGGCUUUGAGUGAUGGAUCUGAAGUUAAAACUGCUCAGAAUAGCACCAAUCAUGUUAUUAAGGAUCCAACUAGGAAAGCGCCAAUCCUAGGAAUUCUUUGGCUUCAAGUAAUGGAGGUGGUGGGUAUGAAUAUAAAUGCUCUUGUGAGAGCUCCAGUUCCGGCAUUGAGGCAGCGAAUAUGGCGAAGAUAAAGCAUCCUCUAAUUCAUCAGUUCUCAUUGUUGAGGAUAAUGCUUCUGAAGAUAAAACUAUUAAGAGCUCAAAAAAGGCAUGUGAGCAGCGUAUGUCAGACAAAUAUGUUAAAGAAGAUGGGUGCCAUUCUUGCAUUCAUGGUCUUGUGGGAAUUGGUUUUUUAUUUUGGCAAAGCUCAAGGGCAUACUCAGGCUGUUUCUGGGAUUGCACUCCCUUCAAGAUCGGACAAGCUUUUUUUUCAGGUAGAUGGUAUCAUUUUGGCUUGGAAAGGGAGUACUGAGAACCCAAACCCUUUUGAGCUGUCCUUAUCUUUGGAAGGUCAUACCGCUGCUGUUAUAUGCUUAACCGUUGGAGAAAAGAGGCUAUACUCUGGUUCUAUGGACAAUACUGUAAGAACAAGACCAGCUACUGAAGGGGGCAACUUGGAGGUGUUCUAUACACAUAAUGAGGAACAUGGUGUUAUUGCUCUUUGUGAGAUGCCUGAUGCAGAAGCAAAACCAAUUUUGUUUUGCUCUUGCAAUGAUGAUUCUAUUUGCCUGUACGACCUACCAUUAUUCAAUGAGAGGGGCAGGAUUUUUUAAGAAGAGAAGUGAGAACAAUUCAUACUGGUCCUGGAGGUCUUUUUUUCACUAGUGAUGGAACAGGAAUGAUAGACAUUUGGAAAUUGGCAGAAUCACAUGGAAGAGUUAUGAAAGUAGCAUAAUAUCUCUAUAACUACAUGCCUUGCAGAAUUUGGUCAAUCCUAUUUGAGUUCUUGUAUAUACAGGAUACAAAAUAGUAUAUGUAAGAAUUCAUCUUAAGACCCCAUAUUAUUAGUUGUUGGGGUUUAGGUAUAUGUUUUGCUAUUGUAGAUUUUGGAGGAAAAUUCUAUUAUUUAUCCUCUCAUUUUUUAUGAAGCUGAUUUUCUUUUCA